CAGAGAAAAAUCUGAGAUAAUACACAGGGAGCGCGAGAGCUAGAGAGAGAGAGAGAGAUGGGGAGAGAGGUCUCAGAGAGCUGCGUGGAUAGUCUACUGACAGAGAUGGUCUCUAUGUACUGCAAUCGGUUAUACGCCAACAAGCCCGAGCUCGCCGCCAGUAGGAUCGACGCUAUUGGCUACCAGGUCGGCCACCAGCUCUCCGAGCGGUACACGAUGGAGCGGCCUCGGUUUACUGAUCAUCUGGAUGCAAUUAAGUUCAUCUGCAAGGACUUUUGGUCCGAGCUCUUCAAGAAGCAGAUUGACAACUUAAAGACCAAUCAUAGGGGUACUUUUGUAUUGCAAGAUAAUCGGUUUCGUUGGGUUUCACGCAUGUCGCUCGAUCCUUCCGAAAAUGGAGACUUGUCUAAAGAAAAUGCCGAGGCGGUUGAAAACAAGGCAGCAGAAGAACCAAACAUGCAUCUCCAUUUCUCAUGUGGAGUCAUAAAGGGUGCUCUUCAUAACUUGGGGAUUGCUUGUGCUGUUUCUGCCGACACGUCCCACCUUCCUGCGUGUUCAUUUGUGGUUCGUAUAAAGCCCUGAUGAACGCUUCUCCAAGGAACUUUCAGAAAAAAGUUGGGGUUUACUUCAUCGGCCUAUUGAGAUUUGUAGUCUUUCUCCUUCUCCGUGUACAAGAAUUUUUACUUCGAUUUCAGAAUUUAGUUUUAACCUUCAAACUGAGAAGAUUCAUCUCGGAGAAAUCACAAGAUUGUACUUACCAGUGUUUGAGAAACAUGAAUUGUAUUUAUCCUGAACUACUAAUAUAGGACUUUGAGCCCACAAUAUUUUCUUGUA